AUGCGGGCAGAACUUCGAGGGCUACUCGUUCGGGAAGGGAUGCCGUGUUUAACUAAGCUCUCUACCAACGUGGUAUCAACCAUUCGAUACGCGGUAGCGACGUCUGACCCUAUGGCUAUAGCGAGAUUCUUUCACUAUACAUACAAGGCGGUGUUUGAUAGUCUCCUUAGUAGCAAAACUGCCGACAUUAGGAUCCUUAGGGACGUUUCUAAUUACUUUGGUGUAGUAGAGAGCAAUAGACGAGGUAUGUUACAUCUCCACAUAUUAGUGUGGGUUCGAGGCAAUCUUAGUCUCAUCCAGCUACGUGACUAUAUCCUUGUAGAUGGUGAUUUUGCAAACCGAAUAAUCAGCUUCUUAGAAGCUAUCGUGAUGCAUAGCUUACAUGGCUCUAAUGAGGACCUAGGGUCUACUAUCUCAAAUACGCCACCUUUGUCAACUGGCUUAGAGACAGACUCGGAAUUCAUUCAGAACCUUUCCUAUAAUAGCAACCGUGUUACUCAUACCAAACAACUUCAUUCUAAGCGUCACAUAGCAACCUACUUCAAAUACUACUCACAAAGAUCAAACAACAAUGUCUAUCGCUUCGGCAUGCCUUAUACCCUUCUAGACGCGUCCAAAGCAGACGAGCAUAGCAUCAUUCACCUUACCCGUAACCAUGCUUAG